CUACUUCCUUCUCUUUCACUCCCUGUAGCCAACAUGGCAGUCGGCAAGAAUAAGAGGCUGACCAAAGGCGGCAAAAAAGGUGCCAAAAAGAAGAUGUAAGUAAUGCAAUUCAUCCAUUAAAUCAUGCAAUACACACUAUCGAGUUCAGGUUUGUGACUUUCAAUUUGAAAAUGUGAAGGAUGAAGUAGAUUUUGACUGGAUGCCCUUAGGCCGGUCACCGUUGCUAAUCUGCUAGGCUCACCGCGCAGUCUGUUCAUUAGAUGACAAGAGUUUGUGCAUAAGCGACACUGAACUGUUAUGUUAGAGACGGUCAAAGUCAUUCCACAGGCUGCAUAUAGUGAAGCAUUUAUAUAAAUGUGCCGAAAUGCACAAAUGGCCUGUAAUCUAGAAACAUCGGCUGUGUAGCAAGCUGCCUAACUUCAUGUAGUUACGGUGGCUAACAAGAUGGCAGACAUGUCCACGUUAUGUUCAUGUAUGGCUAACGUUAGCUAGGGGAAGUGUUUUCUACGAAAUGGUGUGGUCAAACAUAUUAAUGAAUUGUAGCCAAGCCAGCCAGGGCUACAUGUGCGUGGUGCCAACCCUUCAGUCGUUAGCGAGAAAAGGCUCCACUUGUCAGAUGAGAUUUGAGCUUCUGCUAUUUAGUCAGCCAGUUACCUGGGCCCUACAUUAAUAGCUAGCUCUGCUAUCCCAGUCAUGUUUUAUUGAUUAUCCAGGUGCCCGUUGAAUUUCCACGUUUGAUUGUACUGGAAGUUGACGUUCAUACCAAUGCCAGAAUCAUUGUCAAAUACUAUCUUAGCUAGGUAGCCCUUUGGGUUCACCUAAACAAUACUGUAACCUUAGUUUAUUCAGUUAGCUACAUAGGCCUGUCGUCAAAGCAACUAAAGACAUUAACAGAACUGAUAUUGACCACCCUACUUUCUCUAUCUCCCAGUGUCGACCCAUUCUCCAAGAAGGACUGGUAUGAUGUCAAGGCACCCGCAAUGUUCAACAUCCGCAACAUUGGCAAGACAUUGGUCUCCAGGACUCAGGGAACCAGUAAGUUUGCUUUUCCUACAUACAAAUGGAGCAACACAUGGUUCAGUGGUGAUGGCUACCAGUUUGAAGACUAGCAUGGAACAAACUAACUGUAGACAGAACCACAUGGUUCUGUGGAGUUAUAGCGCAGUUUGGAAACUGGGAGUUGACUAAAGUGAUGUGACUGGAAUGCUAACUUUUAACCUUUUACUGUAACCAGCUAGCUAGGUAGCCUAAUUCAACUAGCUAUGGGACACAACUUCGGGAGUCUAUAUAUUGGUUGGACUCCCUGAGUUGUGCAUCUUUCUGGUGUAUGGUGACUGAUAAUAACCCUACCACAGCGGGCUGGCAUUAGACCACACAUUUCAUGCAAGACUUCCUACCACAAAAUCUACCACUUUACAUAGCAGGAAUAUGGUGCUGUUCGGACAAAAGUUGAAUUCUGACGUUUAUUUAAUAGAACACAUUUCACUCUACAUCUGGUAAGUAGAGUUCCUAGAGAUUAUACAUAUGCGUGUGUUAGGAUGUCUUUUUGUGAUGCUGGCUAUAUUGUGAUUGGGUUAUUUUCUGUCAGCAUACACCAGAACGAUUCACAACUCGGAGUUCAACUAUUACACUCCUGAAGAUGUCAGUUAAAUUCAACAUGGGUUUGUUGGUCAGUAAUGUCCCUUUUUAGUUUUUCCGCUUUUAAAAUUCUCAUCUUGUCCGUUUUGUUUGUACCAUACUUAACACAAUGGGAAUGCAUGAUGACAAAUUGUUCCGGCCCAAUGAUGGUCACUGAUAAAGAUAUCCGCUGUUCCCUGCCUUGGUCUCCAUUCCCCUCACUGUGUCCCACAUCAACUAACCCAACUGUUUGUUCUACUAGGAAUCGCCUCCGAUGGUCUGAAGGGACGUGUGUUCGAGGUGAGCCUUGCUGACCUGCAGAACGAUGAGGUGGCCUUCCGCAAGUUCAAGCUGAUCUCAGAAGACGUGCAGGGCAAGAACUGCCUGACUAACUUCCACGGCAUGGACCUGACCCGUGACAAGAUGUGCUCCAUGGUCAAGAAGUGGCAGGUGAGGAUGGAGCACAGCUGGAUUUGUGGAGAUUGUAGUUUUGAUGAUAUGCAUUUAUAAUCAUAAUACAACGUGUAUGGAUAUGGGUCAUACUGUCAUUAAAGGUGCAAUAUGUAGAAAUCACUCCGCCAUUUCCCGGUUGCUAAAAUUCAAAUAGUUUCGGUUUGUGACGAAACAACCAGUCAUUUUGUAGAGAAUCCAUCUAAACUGCUGUGAAAUCUUUUCCAUAACCAAAAAUCAGGUGUUUGAAGCUGGUGUACAAAAGUAAAGAAUGCAAAACUUAACAGGAAGCAUAGGAGAGAAAAAACUAAUAUAGAACAGAUCUACCGCUUCUUAUUGUUGCUUUAAAUGAGAAUGGGAGCUAUAACUCACAUUUCUAUGUGACUUUGGUCGGGUCGGCCAAAAAGUGACAUUGCAACUUUAUGCUGAAAGGCGCUGCCUUUCCGCCAUAGUUUGUUUCUCAGAACAUGUGGAAUGUGAACCACAAUUUCAACAUUGUACCCUAAUACUGUCACACCACAAAGUGAUAUACCAUUAUGGGUCAUCUCAACACUGAAUUAACUUCUGCCCUGUAAUGUUAUUGAUCACAUGUUGGGCCCAAUGUACCCAAAACUAUAUUAAUUUACCUUUAUCCUGCCCCCCCACCGCCAGACCAUGAUUGAGGCCCAUGUGGACGUGAAGACCACCGACGGCUACCUCCUGCGUCUGUUCUGCGUUGGCUUCACAAAGAAGCGCACCAACCAGAUCAGGAAGACGUCGUACGCCCAGCAUCAGCAGGUCCGUCAGAUCAGGAAGAAGAUGAUGGAGAUCAUGACCCGUGAGGUCCAGACUAACGACCUGAAGGAAGUCGUCAACAAGCUGUAAGGAUGCUUUUCCUCCUGAUGCUGGUUCGGCACUCUGUUGGGAAGAUGUGGUCCAUGUGAAAUGCAUCAUGGAGAGCAUGUAUGGGCAUGCAUAUUAGUUGGCUGUUUGAUGAAGCAAAUUAUUUAUUGCAACAAAAUUGUUGCAAGUUCGGAACACUUUUACUGCAUCUGAAAUUGUGGACAGUUAAGUUUCAAUGUCUGAGUAAGUUGAAUGGCUUUCAAUGAAGGUAGCCAGUAAAUUUAACUAGAGCUCUCAGCCUGUCAGUCAGUAGCCAAGCCAGGUUUUCUGUUACUGAUUCACUUAUUUUCCCUUUGUUCUCUAGGAUCCCUGACUCUGUUGGCAAGGACAUUGAGAAGGCCUGCCAGUCCAUCUACCCCCUCCACGAUGUCUACGUCAGGAAGGUUAAGAUGCUGAAGAAGCCCAAGUUUGAGUGUAAGUCACCUUUAACCUCAAACCUAUCCUGCCCCUUGAGGCGUUGCAGUCCGACUGAAUGUGUCGAGCCUGUGUCAUAAGGGGCGGAGAGUGAAAAGGUUAUGUCUACGCCGAGGACCUAGAACGGUGGGUACUUGGAGUGAUCAUAGCUCUGACAGAUUGCACAAUACUAGACAAUGGAUUGUGUAAAAUAAAGACUUCAGGAUCUUUGUCAUAAACUUACCAUGCAUUUGAAGGACCUCCAAAAAUACAACCUUAACCUAAAAUACCCAGGGUUAAUAAAGGUCCCCUUUAACAUUGAGCUAGCAAUCAUAUUGAGCUAGCAAUCAUAUGGUAUUCCAGCGAGAUGACUCCACACUUGCUUCUCUGCGACAUGAUGGUAUCCUAAAAUAUGCUGUUAUGGCUGUGUUUACACAGGCAGCCCAAUUCUGAUAUUUUGCACCAAUUAUUGGCAUAAAGAUCAGAAUUAGGCUUUGUAAAUGCAGCCUAGCAUACAAAUUUUUCCUAAGUGACUUAUCCAAUGUGGUUUUCUCUAAACAGCCUGUUGAAUUGUACUCUGGCAUUGUGCUGAGAUUAUUCUUGUCUCCUUACAGUGGGCAAACUGAUGGAGCUCCACGGUGAGGGUGGUGGCAGCAGUGCAGCCAAGCCCUCAGGGGACGACACCGGGGCGAAGGUUGAUAGGGCCGACGGCUACGAGCCCCCCAUCCAGGAGACCGUCUAAACACCCUCUGACAGAUUUAAUAAAAAAUGUAAAUGAGACUGCAAACUGUUGUCUUCUGUUAAUGGGAUGGUUGUUUAGUAAUGUAUUUUGUAUAGAGCUUUUCUUUUUAGGCCGACAAAGCAUUUAUGGUUACUAUUUAUACUGAACAAAAAUAAACGCAACAAUUUCAAAGAUUUUAU